AUGGAAGAAAUUAAACAACAAAAAAAAAUUUUAAUUGCGGAAAAUUUAAAGGAAAAUAAGGAAAAAAGAAUUUUAAAAAAAUUUGAUGAAACAAAAUCAAAAUGGGAUAAGCAGAGCAAACUGAUAAAAGAAAAAACAAAAAAAAAAGAAACUUUAGCAGAUCAGGGAGAUAAAUACAGAGAAAAAAACGAAUUAAAUAUUUUAAUUGAUUACUUAAAUAAAGAAGAAAAAAAAAAAAAUAAUUGGACAGAAAAUUUAAGAUAUGGAUGUGAGAAAAUAAAAUUUAAGGAAUCAGUUAUAAAAAUAGAUUUAAAUAACAAAAUAUCAAAGAAUAAUAAAAAGUUAUUUGAUAAAGUAUUUGAAAAGAACGAUGGAAAAAAAGAAUUAAACCAAGAAUAUUAUAAAAAAAAUAAGGAUAUAAAAAAAGAAGAAAAUGAAAAAAUAAUUAUUGAAAAAAUCAAAAAUAAUUUAGAAUUUGUUUUAUCAAAUUUUGCAAUACCUUUAGAUAAUAGUUUCUGUAUCAAAGGUGAUAAGAUAGAAAUAAACAAAUUAUGUGAAGAAAAUAAUCUUCAAAUAAAUGAAGAAAAGCAAUUAACAGAUAACGAAAUUAAUGAUAAAAAAGAAGUAACACAUAUUAAGUAUGAUAAUUUAAAUAUUGAUAAUGUUGAUAACAUACCAAAUAACAAGGAAUACUUAAAAGUAAGUUGUUCUGUUAUAGAAAUUAAAAAUUUCGGAACAGAAGUUAUCAACAAAUGUAUUACUUUAACAAAUUGUUCUUCAAGUAUAAUUAUUUAUCAAAUUACUUUUAAAAAAAAUAUAAAAUUAAAAAAUGAAGUCAUACACUUAAAAGAUGCGAUAUAUUUUGAUAAUGAAAAAAAUUAUAAUAUUUUUAUUUCUCCUAAUACUGGAUAUAUAAAUCCUAAAGAAAAAAUAAAAAUAAACUUUUCUUUUAUUUUUUACUAUUUUGUAAAUAGUUUUGGUUGUUUUACUAUAAAGUAUUUGUGUAAUAAUAAAAUUUUCAAAAAAUAUAUUUUCCUGGACGUUAAUUCUUUCUAUAAUAUUACUGAAUUAAAAAAAAAAAUUAAAAAAAAAAUUCAGAUUGAAAAUUAUAAUAAAGAUGAAGCAAAUUUAAAAAAUCCUAUAGAGGGUUUAGAUAUAAGAAAAUUAUGUAAAACUAUUAAUUUUAUAAAUUUUAAUUAUCAUUUAAAUUUAAAUGAAAGAAAUAUUAUUUAUUUUUUUAAAAUAAUAGAGGAAAUUAAUUAUAAUUUUUUUACAAAAUUAAAAUGUUUGAUAAAAGAAGAAAUAACUGAUUACUCAGAUAAAAAUUGUAAUAAUAAUAAUGAGAAAAUAAAAAAUAAAUCUAGUGAUGAUAUUGAAGAAAAUAAUGCUAGCAACUUAAAAAGAACUGAAAAAAAUUUACAUGAUAAUAAUGUUUUUUUUCAAAAUAAAUCAGAAGUAAUACUUGUCUGUGAGAAGCAUAACUAUUUUAGGAAAAAUAAAAAACAUUUUAAUUUAAAAAAUUGCUUGAACAGUUUUUUUAUUUAUAUGAAGUUUAAGUUAUCUUUUUUUUUUAAUAAUUAUUCAUCAUGUUAUGAUUUGAAUUUUUUUAAAAGUCAUUUUCUUAUGGAUAAAUCAACUUUCCUGUUCAAUCACUUAAAUUUAAAUACACUUAUAAAUAAUAUGAAGAAAACUUAUUAUAAAGAAGAUGAGAAAAAAAUAGAAUUAUAUGAUAAAGAGGAAUUUAAAAAAUUUGACAAGCCUGGAAUUGAAAGUAUCUAUAAUUUCUUCAUUAACAUAUAUGAAAAAAUUAAUUAUAAAAAGGAAAAUUUUUUUCACAUAUUUACUUUAAAUAUUCAUGAAUAUAUAACAGAAUUAAUCAAUUCUUAUAAAAAUUUAAAAAAAAAUUAUAAAAUUAGUAAAAAUGUUAUAUUCUUAAAAAAAGAAAUUUGCAAUAAGCAAGUAUUUCAAAAUUUAAAAGAUAAUGACAUUAAUCAAAAAAAAAAUAAAGUUAGUAAAAUAGAAGAAAAAGAAUUUCAUGAUUUUUUAGUUAGCAUUAGGAAUAAUUAUCAUAUCAAUAUGUUACAUAUAUUUCCUAAUAUAAUUAUUAAUAAUUAUCUUAAUUUUUUUAUAAAUUUUGUAUAUUUACAAAAUAAAUUAAAUAUUUCUCCUACCUUUUAUUUUUUUUAUUAUUUUCAAAUUUUGAAUUUUAUCAAGAACUUAUUUAUAAAAAAAAAAAAUACAUUUUAUAAGGGUACAGAGCAAAACGUUAUUAUAGAAAUAAAUAAUAAAUUAUUAUUUGAAAUUCUUACAUAUAUAUACACCAUUUAUAAAAAUAAAGAAAAUAAUAAUAAAAUUAAUGAAAUAAAGGAAAGUGUUGUUUUUUUAUUUUCUUCAAUUUUUUUAUAUGUAAGACAAAAUAUAAAAAAUUUAUAUAUAUUUUUUGACGCUCAUAAUUUUUACAAUAUUAUAAAUCAAGAGAAAAAUAACUUAUUUCAGGAAGAAUUUUGUAAAAAUGUUUUCUUUCUAUUCCUUUUUCCCUAUUUAAGAAAUUUUAUUUCUCAAAUUUCAAAUUUCAAAUAUGAAUUAUAUUUCUUAAAGAAUUAUGAUGAUAUAAUGCAAUUUUGUGAAAACUAUAUAUGCAAUGAAAAAUUUGAAAAAGAAGAAAGAGGAGAAAAAGAAGAGAAAGAAGAAAAAGUAGAAAAAGAAGAAAAAGAAGAGAAAGAAGAAAAGGUAGAAAAAGAAGAAAAAGAAGAGAAAGAAGAAAAGGUAGAAAAAGAAGAAAAAGAAGAGAAAGAAGAAAAGGUAGAAAAAGAAGAAAAAGAAGAGAAAGAAGAAAAGGUAGAAAAAGAAGAAAAAGAAGAAAAAGAAAAUACAAGAGCUGACAAAGAUAGUAAAAAUGAAUAUAGAGACGAAAAUGAAAAAGUUGGAACUUACACAAAUAAAUUUAGUAAUUUUGAUACAGUUAAAAGUAUAAAUUUAAAUAACCCAGAAGAAAAUAAAAUUAAUUUUUUUGAUAAUUUUCAUAUUAACAGUGAAUACAUCUAUGAAAAAAAAGAAAAUUUAAAAGAAAUAAAUGAAAUAAAAGAAAUGAAAAAUAGUAAUAAGAAUGAAAAUGGUAAUAUAUUUUUUAUUUCUGAUAAAAAAAUGUUUUCCAAGAUAGUUUAUGAAUAUUAUUUUGAGGACUUAAAAAAAAAAACAGAACUAAAUUUAUUAUUUUUGAAGAAGAUAUAUAACAAUAAGAUAAAAAAAAAUGAAGAAGAAAAAGGAGAAAACAGUGUUAUUAUUUCAGUAACAGGUGAAGAGAAAAUAAAAAAAAAAAAAAAAAAAAAGGGAAAGGAAAAAGAAAAAGAAAAAGAAAAAGAAAAUCUUCAUAAUAAUGAAUGUGAUAACAGAGAGGAACAAAAUACAGAAAAAGAAAAAAAAAAAAAAAAAAAGAAAGAAAGGGGAAAUAAUAAUAGUUCAUUUAUUAAAAGCAAAAAUGGAGAACAAAACUUACAAAAAGAUAAUAAAAAAGAAAAUAAAGAAUUUAUUCAAUAUUAUUUUAUAAAAAUAUUUGAAAUUUUAAAUGUGAACACAUAUAUUAUAGAUGAUAAAAAAAUGUUAAGCAAUAUAAGAAGCAUCAAUUUUUGCAGUAGAAUAAACAUAAAAACAGGACCCCUUUUAAAUAAAAAAAUUUAUUCUAUUUUAUUUAUUUUUAAUUUAAUAUCAGUUGAACACCUAAAUCAUUUGUAUAAAAAUUUAAAAAGUCCGAAUUAUUACUUAUAUAGUGAUUAUAUUGAAUAUAAUAGAAAAACAAUUUUGAUUUUAUUUAAAGAAAUUAUUCAGUACUUUGAUCUUCAAAACAAUAUGAAUAAAAAUAAUUUUUUAAUGAAACUUCCUCUGGAUACAAAUUUUGAUUUCUUAUUUAUUCAAUUAAAAAAUAUGAUAGAAGACAAACAAAAAAUAUGUAUAGAAGAAAAAUAUGACAAAAAGGAAAAUGAAGAAGACAAUUAUGAUAAAGAAAAAAUUUCUGUAAAAGAUGAUGAACAAAAUUGGACUACAGAAUUUUUUAUAAUACAUUUUAAUAAAAAAAAAGAAGAAUUUAUUCAAAUUUUAAAAAAUAAUAUAAAAAGAGAAGAAUUGAAAUAUAUAUGUAUUAUUUCACCUAAUAUAAAAAAUUCUUUUUUAAACUUUUCUAACUUAAAAAAAAUUAUUGAAUGGAUAAAACUAUUAAACAUGUUAAUAUUUUUUAAUAUUUCAGAUGUAUAUAUAUGUGGUGAUUUGCUUUUUAUAUUUUUGUUUUUUAUAUAUGAUAACCACAUAAUAAAAGGUAAAUUGUGUAAGAACAAAAAUGAUAUUUAUAUUAAAUUAGAUACAAAUAAAAGUAUAAAGAGAAAAAACAAUUAUGUAGAAAUGGAAAGUAUGUAUAAUACAAAUAAUAGUGAUAAUAUUUAUUUACAAAUUUUUGAUAUACAUAACUUUCCUCAUAAUUUAUUAUUAUUAUUAAAAAUUAGUAUAUUUAAUAUUCUAAAUUUAUACAAAACAUACAACAUAAAUAUACAUUUUCCUUUUGAUAUUUAUAUUAAAUCCGAUAAAAUUUUAAAUAACUCUUCAUUUUCUAUGUAUUGCUUAUUACCUUAUAAAAACUAUACUUCAAUGAUAAAUUCAGCUAAAAAGAACUUUCUUAAUAAAUACAAAAAUAAAAUAAGUAAAAUGUCCUUUUUUGAAAAUAAGCAACAAAGUCCUUAUGUAAAUAAUUUGAUAAAUAUAAAUCCAAAUGAAAAAAAAAACAAUGAAGCAUAUUCAAUUAAAAAAGGUUUUUAUAUUAAAAAAGAGGAAAAAGAAAAGGAGGAUAGUUACAAAACAAAUAUGGAAAAAAUUGAUGCAAACUUUGAAAUUACUUCAUUAUCAAAAGAAUUCACAGAAAAAGAAAAAGACUUAACAAGUUCUCAAGUUAAAAAUGUAUGCUUAUUAAAUAUAGGAAAACUAACAGUAAGUAACAUCUUAAAAAAUAUAAAAAAAGAAAAUAAAAUAUUGUGGUUAUGUGGAUCAUUUGAAAAAAAUAUAAAAGAAAAUUCUGAAACUAGCCUAAAAAUACUUGAAUAUUUCUUAAAUUAUUCUUCAUAUAAUAAUAAUAUAAUACAUGUAAAUAAUUUGAUAAUAUUAAAUAAAAGGAUUUAUUAUUUAUAUUAUUAUCAUAUAUCAAAAAAAAUACAUAUAACUUUUUUGUUUAAUAGUUACAAAUUUUUAGUGAAAUUUUUUGAUACAAAAUAUUCGAAAAAUGAUAUGUUAUCUUUAAUUAUUUGA